AUGAGACGCGCCGCCGCCGCCGCCGCCGCCGUCCCUGUGGCCGCUGCUGCCGCGCUCGCGGCCAACCUCAGCCACUCCACGUCGUACGACUCGCUCGUCGCCCGCACCAACGCCCGGCUGCCCGUGGCAGCCCCGCCGGCUGAUCGCGACGCGGAGCUCUUGUCGGCGCGGCUUGCGUCGCCGGGCGUCGCCAUCGUGCGCGGUGUCAGCGCUGCUGAGACGGCGCGGGACGCUAUCGCGGCGCUGGACCCGGAGGGGCCUCUGAGGCUAUACUUGCAGCGGGAUGAGCCGCUCGGCGCUGCAUUGGCACCGCCGGGCCGACUCGCGGCAGAGUUUGCUCGCCGCUUCCAGACGCCGGUGCCGCAGGUCUGCCUCUCUGGUCCCCGCCGCCUCGUCCUGUGCCUCUUCCAGCCGCACCUCGAGGAGGAGGCGACCCGCCGCUGGGUCUGCGAGGAGGCGCUGCCGCUCGGCGCGACAAUCUGUGUGGUGGCGGACGGCACGCUCUUCGCGGCCGAGUUUUGCGAGGAGCUGCUGCGGAGCGGCGGCGAGGACCCUGGCCGCGUCACUCACCACUCGGUCUCGCUGCCGGCCAGUGACGCCGCCGCCGCCGCUCUGCUCGCCCGCUGCGGCGCUCCCGAGUGGUUGGCUUCCCUCGCCGCUUGGCUGCGAAGGCACACGGGGUGCCACCCGGCCGACCUCGCCUCCCUCAUCGCGGCGCUUGACGGGGCCGGCGGCGGCGGCGGCGAUGGCUGGAGAGGUGGCGAGGAGGCUGCCAGCGACGGUGACUGCGGCGGGGAUCGAGAGGAGGAGGGCGAGGCGGCGGCUAGUGGCGCUGAGCCAGGCAGUCUCGGUGCGGCGCAGGAGGAGCGAGCGGCGGCGAUCGCGCAGGAGGAGCGAGCGGCGGCGAUCGAGGUCCUCGAUGCCGCACGGCAAGGCCUCGUCGCCACGCGACUCGAGCGGCUCAAGGAGGUGCUCGCGAUGGCCGAGGACGGCGAGGGCGGCGAGGGCGGCGAGGGCGGCGAGGGCGGCGGUGGCGGCGGCGGCGGCGGCGAGGCGGACUGGCUGUGGAUGCUGCUCGGCGAGAUGAGCGGCGUUGCCGUGGCGGCGCGGCGGGCGCCGCUGGGCGACCUCCUCCAGCAGCUCUCGGAGGAGGAGGUGGGGCAGCUCGACGGGGCUCUCAAGAAGCGGGUGCUGCACCUCGACUUUGUCCGCUCCGCCGCCGCCGAUGCCGCCGACGCCGACCCCGCCGACGCGGAUGGCGGCGUGCAGAGCGAUGUCGUGGCGUCGCCUCUGACGGUCGCCGCCUUUGACGCCCUCCGCGCUGACCCAAGCCUCGCCAGUGCGGUGGAGAGGCGGCGGGCGCGGCGCGAGAGGGCGGAGGACCUGCGCUUCUACGCUGCCGACGCGGCGGAGCUCGACGCGGCGGUGGCGGACUACGCGUUGUGGGAGCAGCGCUGGGCCGUGGCGGUGCUGCGGGCAUCCGAACCAGCAACGGAGGGGGAUUCCGCCGCUCCCGAGCCGCUGCCGCCGCGCCGCUACUUUGGCCUGUUCGGCCCUCGAAAGCCGUGGCGCUCCCGCGGCGCCCCAAAGGCAGAGGGCGGGGAGAGGGAUGAUCGCGGGGACAGGACGGAGGGCGACGAGCGCGGCGAGGAGGGCGGGGCGGGUCGUGCGCAGCUGGUGGCGGCCGAGCGCGAGGCCUCGAGCGCUGCGGGCCGCGUCGCGGUGCUCGCGCUGGAGCGGACCAAGCGGCGUCGCACCCUCAGCAUGCACUGCAGCGCGCUGCUGCGGCGAGCGGCGGCGCUGGGCGUCUCGCCUGGGCUGCCGGAGGGGCACCUGUGCUUUGAGCUCUCGGAGGCGUACUGA